AUGUCGGCGGCUCCCAGACCUGUAUCGCGCUGCGUCCAGCGCAGCUCGCGGGUGCUCUCACGUUCACAAUGGCGGCCCACAAGGUCCAGCUUCUGUCCCGCGACGGCAAGAUCCUGCCUUUCGAGGAGGAGUACCACCGCAUGGCCUGUCAUGAGGGUGCCAAUGGCAUCCCGAACCUUUAGCACUACCUCUCGUCUCCGCGAUGACGACAAAGACUUUGACCCCGCGAGCAUCGAGCGUGAGGCCGACGAGGUCGACGUCUGUAUUGUUGGUGGCGGUCCCGCGGGGCUCAGCGCUGCUAUCCGCCUCAAGCAGCUCGCCAACGAAGCCGGUAACGAGGACUUCCGUGUCCUCGUACUCGAAAAGGCCGGUGAUAUCGGCGCUCACAUCCUCUCCGGCGCCGUGAUCCAGCCUACCGCUAUCAACGAGCUUAUCCCCGACUGGCUCGACGAGGAUAACCCCAACCGCUUCGAACAUGCGACCCCGGCCGGCGACGAUCGCAUGCGCUUCCUCACCAAGACGGCCGCGAUUCCCAUCCCCGCGCCUCCACAGAUGAGCAACCACGGAAACUACAUUGUCAGCUUGAACCAAUUCGUCAAGUGGUUGGGCGAGCGCGCCGAGGAGGUCGGCGUCGAGGUCUACCCAGGCUUUGCUGCCUCCGAGGUCGUCUAUGGCCCCGGCGGUGCUGUCAAGGGCGUUGCUACCAACGACCUUGGCAUUGGCCGUGACGGCAAGCCCAAGGAGACGUUUGAGCGUGGUAUGGAGUUCCACGCCAGAGUCACAAUGUUUGGCGAGGGUUGCCACGGCAGCCUGAGCAAGCAGGUCAUUAACAAAUUCGACUUGCGCCGAGACAGCCAGCACCAGACUUACGGCCUGGGUAUCAAGGAGGUCUGGGAGAUUGACCCGGCCAAGUUCGAGAAGGGUCUGGUUGUGCACUCAAUGGGUUACCCUCUUUCCAAGGAUGUGUACGGAGGGUCCUUUAUGUAUCAUUUUGGUGAUAACCUCGUCCAGCUGGGUCUUGUCGUGUCGCUCGACUACCAGAACCCUUGGCUUUCGCCCUACCAGGAGUUCCAGAAGCUCAAACUUCACCCCCUCUUCCGCAAUGUCCUCGAGGGCGGCAAGUGUAUCUCAUACGGUGCGCGUGCCCUCAUCGAGGGUGGUUUCCAGUCCAUUCCCAAGGUCGCAUUCCCCGGUGGUGCUCUCAUCGGCGACUCAGCUGGCUUCGUCAACGUCCCCAAGGUCAAGGGCACUCACAACGCCAUGAAGUCUGGUAUGCUCGCCGCCGAGGCCGCCUGGACCGCCCUCAGCGAGCAGAAGGAUGACGGCACAGUCUUCCUGUAUGACUACGAGAACAACCUGCGAAAGUCGUCCAUCUGGAAGGAGCUCAAGGAGGUGCGCAACAUGCGACCGUCCUUCCACACCCCGCUUGGCCUUUACGGCGGUGUCAUGUACUCCGGCCUCGAGGCCUACUUCCUGAAGGGCCGUGUUCCCUGGACCCUCAAGCACAAGACCCCCGACCACGCCGCCACCAAACCCGCCGACAAGUUCCCCAAGAUCGAGUACGAGAAGCCCGAUGGCAAGAUCACCUUUGACAUCCUCACGAGCGUCUCCCGCACCGGUACGAACCACGAAGAGGACCAGCCUGUCCACCUGCAGGUCAAGGACUGGGACGCCCAUACCGAAGAGACAUACCCGCCCUUCAAGGGCGUCGAGAACCGCUUCUGCCCGGCCGGCGUCUACGAGUACGUUGAGGAUGAGUCCAAGCCUCACGGCGUGCGGUUCCAGAUCAAUGCCCAAAAGUGA